CCCGAACUCUCGAUACAAUCACGCCACAGCCACCAAAGGCCGAGUCAGCUUAGGCAGUCUACGAGGCCGUCAGCUUAUUUUGCACUGAAGAAGGCAGAAUAGAAGCACGCGGAUUUUUUCGAGAGGCGAAAAAUCGCCAGAGCGCGCCGAUGGCGGGCAGGAGGGGGGGGUCGGACAGCGGGGUGCUCGGGUUCGCAGCACCGACGCACGUGCAGCAGGCCGCCAUUCCGCUCGUCCUCGCUGGCCGAGACCUGCUCAUCCGAGCGGACACGGGGUCGGGGAAGACCCUGCUGUACCUGGCGCCCAUCCUGCACGCGCUGCAGGGCAGGAGGCAGCGAGUGGACCGCAAGCAUGGCACGUAUGCGGUGGUGCUCGCCCCCACGAGGGAGCUGUGUGUGCAGAUAGAGGAGGUGGCGCAGCAGCUGUGCCGGCGCUUCGUGUGGAUCGUGCCGGGGCGGCUGUUGGACCUGGGUUUUGAGCGUGACAUCAAGGAGAUCCUCUCUCUGCUGCGCGACAGGCCAAGCCAGGACAGCUUGAUUCAGGGAGGGGGUAUUCAGGGUGCUUCCAGGAAGCUUCAGACACUGUUGCUGUCAGCCACGCUUGGACCGCGGGUGGAGCAGCUAGCUGACGUCAGCCUGGUGUCACCGGUGGCCGGAGGGGGAGGUGGAGAGAGAGGAGAUGAGGGAGGGGUGGGUGAGAGAGAAGUGGAGAGGAUGGGGGGGAUUGAGAGAGAGGAAGAGGACGAGGAGGAGGAGGAAGUGGAGGAUGCUGAGAGGUUUGGAGGGGAGGGGGAGGAAGAGGAGGAAGAGGAAGAAGUGGAGGAGGAGGAAGAGGAAGAGGAGCAGGAAGUGGAGGAGGGAGAGGAGGGAGAGGAGGAAGAUGAUAAAGAGGAGGGAGAGGAGGAAGAGGAGUUGGAGGAGGGGGAGGAGGUUGGGGAUGACAACGAGGGCGAUGAUGAUGACGAUCUUCCUCUCUUCAUGCAGGCUCUGCGUGCCGUGAACAAGGCGGGCAGGCAGGAGAGGAAGGAGAGGCGGGAGACGAGGGAGCAGAAAGAGAAGGAGAGGGAGGGUGAAACGGCAGUCUUGGAGAAUGGUAGCAAGGCAGGGAGCCGCAAGGCAGGGGAAAGCAAAGCAGAGGGGAGCGAGGACAAGGUAAAUGAGGAGGUGGCAGCAGGCAAGAAGCAAGCUUCAGGCAGCAAAGGACCAGCAGACGCGGGCGGGUUGCAGGAGGGCCCCAGUGGUGGAGGCGCCUUUGUCUUCCCGGAGCAGCUGAGGCAAUACGUGCUCACAUCCCCGUGCCGCUGUCGCCUAAUCACCCUCAUUGCCUUGCUGCGCUCCAAGCUCGCCACGUCAGCGUCAUCUAAGGUGGUCGUGUUCCUCUCCACGUGUGACUCUGUCGAGUUCCACGCUACCCUCCUCUCCUCCCCGUCCUCCAUCUCUCCUUCAAGCGACGACACAGCGCAACAGCAACUACAGCAGGGCCUGCUGCAGCGCCCCCCGGGGGCUGGACUUCCCGCUGUGGAGACCAUUGUGCAGUUCGACUCGCCUGGGGAUGCUGCCGACUAUGUGCACCGUGUGGGUCGCACAGCUCGCAUUGGUCGCCGGGGCGAGGCGGUGCUCUUCCUCCUACCCAACGAGACGGAGUACCUGGACGAGCUGCGCUCCUGCCACGUGGACCUCCUCCCCAUGCCACUCCUCCCGCUCCUCGACUCCCUUGUGCCCGGAGGUUCGGCCGAACCUGCCCGGACCAAUCGUAGGAGGGCGCAUUGGAAGGAAGAGCUGGCCACUGGGCUUUCCCGGUCGUUUGUGCGGGCGUACGGCGCGCACAAGGGCAGCCUCAAGAGGAUUUUCCACCCCAAGAGGCUUCAUCUGGGGCAUGUUGCGAGGAGCUUUGGGCUAUCGGAGACCCCAGAAGAAGCGAUUGCGGGCGGCUACUGAGGCCGAAUGAAGGAGAUCACAGUUUUAUAUUAUCUAUGGCUUGUAUUUUCAAGGCGUUGUAUUCUAAAAUAUAGUUUUUGCUUGUGG